UUUCCGUGAUGUACGUUGCAGUCUGUCCAUCUUAGCAUAAGUGGCCGCUCAAAAGCACACCAGCAGUCACAUUCAUUAAUAAUCAAAAACCAAAUUGACCAUGGUGAGGAACACUUCAGGGAUGGCAUCUUGAUGAAGGCGAGACUAUUGGUAGACAAACUAGUCUUAUGUUAUAAUGUCAAUUUUGGAGUACAUGUUUCCAUUGACAUCACACUAUUUUGAAACCAAACAACAAACUUUGUUACAAAGUGAGAGACAUGAAAAUAAUGCAAAAGCCAACUAUUCAACACAGAUGCAAAUCCCAAAUGAAUCAUCUGAUUUAUCUAUUACAUUUACUGAUUUUCUUCAAAGUAUGAACACUGAUGACACAAAAAAGUCUAUUAUAAUAGGACCAGACAGAGCGGAUAAAACGUCACUGGUUUUUCAAGUUGCUGUCAGUGCAGCAGCAUCUGGAUCAAGAGUCACCUAUAUUUGUACUCAUCCCCUAAAAAGACUGCCUUUCCCAGUGCAUGGAAUGGCGAAACCAGAAGCACACAUCAUGAGCAAUGUAGACUUCCUGUAUAUAGAUGACUCCAAGGAACUCAUAAUUUGGCUGGCAUCAACGCACACCAGGACAAAAUGGCCAAGCUUCCUAAUUAUUGAAGACAUUUUAAGUUAUGCUACACACUUUGAUGAUCACAAUUUGGAAAGAAGCCUUGCUAAAUUAUGCGCCAUUAUUUCUGAUACUUCUUCCUGGCUUUCAUUAAACAAUGAAGCCAAAAGUUGCCAAGUGGUACUGACAGCACCAACAAGAAUGCACUCUUUUUGCCAAGUAUUGAAUCGGUUUCACUUUAGGACAGUUGGCUACUUAGGCCCAGAGAAAGAUCAUCUUAAUUCAAAAAUAUACUAUGAAAAUGAAAAUGUUUCAAUCCAAGUAAACUUUAGUCAACAAAAGGAUUGUAUAGUUUUAUCUAAUGUUAUUUUUUCCAAAUCAGUUUAAAAAUAAAUAAAUAAACCAAAGGUUCUUAAUGUUACAA